AUGCGUUUCGGUGUGUUUUUUCCAAAGAUUAAACUUACCAAUCGUCCACGGCAUAACCUGUCGUCCUACAAACCGAGAAAACGUGUUUCACGAGCAAACGGAGAAAACGAACCUUAUGAUCUUCCUGAUGGUCAUUUCCGUUUGACCUCUUUUCACAAAUAUCAACCACGUGUGAAAAUGAUUAAGCACUCGUCAACUUCUCGGGACGAUCGAGAAUCAAUCCUUACCUUCGAUGAGACCAUUUUCAUUGCCGUCACCCACUAUCAAAAUGAUGCGGUGAACACUCUCAAAAAAAAUCAUAACCCUCACGCAAAGGGUUUCAAGGAAAUGGAAGGUCAAUGUCCGGUUGGGGAGUUUUCGGAGGAAUCCGAUAAUUCGGAUGAUCUCUCUCAAAGCGAAUUUUUCGAUUUUAAUGAGGUUGAAAACGACGAAAAUUCUUUCCCACAGGAAGAAGCACUCUUUGACUUCUCCACAUCUUCAAGUCAAUCAAGCAACUCUACUUUGGAUCAUUCAAGCUCAUCCUGGAGGAAACUUACAGGCAAUAAUACUCCGGUCUCGACCGAUGAGUCACCCGAUUCCGUCAAACGGACUAGACCAAAUAUUUUGAGGCGAUCGUUAACCGAUGGAUGUUCGUCGCGUCAAAUUACCAUCAAUGAUCCAAGCGGUCCGGCAAAGGUUGUGAAGAAUACGCCUUUGACGACGAGUCAAAAACAAAGAGCCGAUCCACCUCCUUCCAUUGGAAUUCCCAGCGGAAGUAACUGGAUGAAUUCACGCUCGGGUUCUAAUUUGGUAACAAAUUUUGCUACCGAGAACACACCAAGAAAGAAUCAACCAAAUUUUAGCAAUUCAAUCUCCAUGUCAUCGAACGAGGUCGUCCAGGGGCUUCACACACCCAAUACUACACCCUUUGGGUCUAUCGUUCCCACCAACGAAUUUCCUUGGGACUUUAAACAUUUUAACAGCGAAAAUGGCGAGGGCAUUCAACCGAUCCACUCGAAAUUUAAACAUAGUCAAUUACACUUUCAUACGUCACCAGUGACACCGAUCACGCCAGAAAAUGAUUACUUCUCAACCUCAUCUCCGGUCAAUAUUUAUGGGUCUCGUCUUAAACGUGCGGAAAAUGAAAAUAGAAAAUUGAGAGAGUUCAUUCGAGAAAGGUAUGGUGCGGAGGCGGAGAAAGAAGCUGACAUAGUGAUCGCUUUUGGAAGCAACGAUGAAUCGCAUAGGUGA